AUGGCUCAGUGGCAGGUGUCCGUUACUUCAUGUGACCUGGAGCUGGGUGAUAAGGUGAUUGUCUCCAGCAGCUCUGGCUCCAAGACGGGCCUACUGCGCUACCUCGGCAAGACCGAAUUCGCCGAGGGGCAGUGGGCGGGCGUGGAGCUGGAGACGCCCUCGGGUAAGAACGACGGCACCGUGGCCGGUAAGCGCUACUUCUCGUGCCGGCCCAACUACGGCCUGUUCGCGCCUGCCCACAAGAUCUCCCGGCCGGCGCGGCGCAGCUCGCAGAAGAUGGGCGUGCACGCGCUGCGCCGUUCCACGUCGCGAGAGUCGCUGCAGUCGGUGGCGAGCCAGGCGUCGCGCGUGUCGGCGCAGGUGCUCAAGGAGAAGGAGGAGCACAUCGAGCAGCUUCUGCGCGAGCGCGACAUGGAACGCUCGGAGGUGGUGCGCGCCGCCAGCCUGGUGGACGACGGUGAGGUGAAGGUGCUGGCGGCGAAGCGGGAGCGCGAGGAGGCGCACGCGCAGCUGCAGAACACGGCCGAGGACGAGCGCCACCGCGCGGAGGAGCUGCAGUUCUCCGCUGAGGAGGCGGCCAUCGUGCGCGCCGAGCUCGAGGCACGGCUGCACGAGGAGGCAGCGCUGCUGCGCAACGAGCUGGCAGAGCAGCGGCGCCAGCUGGAGCAGCAGAGCGCCGCCGGCGAUUCGCGCAGCGAGGAGGCGCGCCGCGAGCAGCGCCGCGCCGAGGACCUGCAGUUCAACGCCGAGGAGCAGUCGCUGCUGCGCGCCGAGCUGGAGGCGCAGCGGGCCGAGGAGAAACCAGCGGCCGAGAGACGCGCCGAUCAGCUGCAGACGCAGCUGGACACGUGGCGCCGUGACGGUGAGCUGCUCAAGGAGCGCGUCACGGCACUGAAGGACUUCGCCGACGGAACAGCAGGAGGACUGGAGAAGCUGAAGCUGGAGCUGGAGUCCGUAACGCAAGACGCUACUGCGAUUCAACAGCAGCAGAAACGGAAGCUGGAGCGGCUGACGGAGGAAUUGGCUUCCAAGGAGGGCAGACGGCGCUGCGUCGAGGCAAAAGUUGGAGAAGGAGCUGGAGCGACUUGA